AUGCUUUCGACUAGGGGUAUUGAAGCCAACCCUGACAAAUGCCGAGCAAUAAUCGACAUGAGAAGUCCCCAUAAUGUUAAAGAAGUGCAACGACUGGCUGGCCGUCUCACUGCAUUAUCAAGGUUUCUUCCAUGCCUCACAGAGGUGGCCAAACCAAUAUUGGGGUUGUUGAGAAAAACUAACAAAUUUGCAUGGGCCGAAGAGUGUGAAACGGCUUUUCAAACAUUAAAGUUGCGUCUCGGAACGCCUCCAAUCCUCUCAAAACCCGAUCCCUUAUCGGCCAUCAUAAUAUACAUGUGCGUUUCAAAUGAGGCCAUCAGUUCGGUCUUGGUCCAAGAGAGGGACACACAAGUACCUAUCUAUUUCAUUAGUCGCAUGCUGCAAGAAUCGGAAACUAGAUAUCAGUUGCUGGAAAAAGUAGCACUCGGACUUGUUCAUACAGCUCGAAGACUUCGGCAAUACUUCCAGGGGCACAGGAUUGUAGUUCGGACGGAUUGUCCCAUUGCUAAAGUCCUGCGGAAACCCGAACUGGCGGGACGAAUGAUGGCAUGGUCCAUUGAGCUCUCAGAAUUCGACAUAUCAUUCGAACCGCGCGGGCCGAUUAAGUCGCAACACUGGGCUGAAUUCGUCAAUGAGCUACAACCCAACGGUCACUUUCAGAGCGACCAAUGGACAAUGCAUGUGGACGGCUCUUCAAACAAUACAGGCAGCGGGGCAGGAAUAAUACUCGAAGGGCCGGUGGGGGUAGUCCUUGAACAAUCCAUGCAUUUUGGAUUUCGAGCCUCUAACAACCAGGCCGAGUACGAGGCACUCGUAGCGGGCCUAAGACUGGCAGGUGACAUUGGGGUCCGAAGAUUAAUUUGUUGGACAGACUCCCAGAUCGUAUCGGAACAAGUCAAUAAUCAUUUCCAGGUGAAGGAUCCAAAUUUGCUACGUUACUAUCACCUCUUCCAUAACAUGUGCUCCAACUUCGAAGAAGUUCAAGUACGACACACACCGAGAGAAAACAAUGAACGAGUCGACCAACUAGCCCUAUUGGCAAGCAGUGCUCGGAAACCAGGCCAGCUCAGAACCACUCUACAUUUUGAGUUACCUACCCCGAGCAUAGCUACAGUUGAAAACUUGGCAGUGGAAGAAUCAAGUUCGGUGGCAUCCAAUGCAGCGUGGAUAACGGAACUUCUUGAAUUCAUUCUUCAUGGCAAAGAACCGGCCGAGCCCUCGUCUGCCAAAAAUUUACGAGCCCAAGCUGCUAGAUACUUUGUCAUCGGGGGCGAAUUGUAUAGAAGGGGUUUCUCAACCCCAUUGCUGAAAUGCCUAGACUCGGCGCAGGCCAAUUAUGUGAUGAGAGAAAUUCACCAAGGCAUUUGUGGGUCACAUUCGGGCGGACGAACUCUUGCGGUAAAAGUAUUAAGGGCAGGUUAUUAUUGGCCAACUCUCAAGAGUGAUUGUGCACAAUUUGUUAAGCGAUGCAUUCAAUGUCAAAAACAUGGCAACCUAAUCCAUGCCUCGGCAGAACAGCUGCAUAGCAUCAGCUCACCUUGGCCGUUUGCACUAUGGGGGAUGGACUUGCUCGGACCGUUCCCUAUAGCCAAGGGCCAAUGCAAAUUUUUGUUGGUUGCCAUAGACUACUUUACAAAGUGGAUCGAGGCCGAACCGUUAGCAAUGAUCACAGCUGGCAUGGUGCAGAAGUUUUUGUGGAAGAACAUUGUCACGCGCUUCGGUAUACCAUAUGCCAUUGUAACCGACAAUGGUCUCCAAUUCACAGAUCAAAAGUUGAACAAGUUCAUCCAAGACUUAGGCAUACGGCAUCGAUUCACAUCGGUUGAACAUCCUCAAUCGAACGGACAAGCCGAGGCGGCAAAUAAAGUCAUCUUAACAGAGUUAAAAAAGCGCUUGGGAGAUUCCAAGGGCGCCUGGGCCGAAGAACUAGUAGAAGUUUUGUGGGCUUAUAGAUGUACACCUCAAUCCACAACAAAGGAAACACCGUUUCGAUUGACAUACGGUACUGAGGCCAUGAUUCCGAUGGAAGUAGGGGAACCUUCCUUCCGCCGUUUACAUUUUGACCUGGAACAGAAUGUUCCAGAAUUGGAACGACUCGUUCUAGGAACAACCCGUUUCGAGUUGGGAAUGGCUCAUUCCAAUUUAGGAACAGCAUGUUCCUAG